UGCUGUUUCCCCAAAGUUGGUUGAGAGUGCUGUCCUGCUCAGCUCUCGAGUUGCAUCGCUGACAGAGGUUGGUCCAGGGAGCAGCGCAGUCUGAGGCACACUGUUCGAGUGACAUCGGAAAGCUGUGGCUUGAGGACGUACUUAGCUUGGAUGCUCUGAAGUGGUACCCUAGGAGGAUAAAGCUCAGAGCACUGUGACCCUGGAUGCUGGACGUGUGUAAACUAUGGAAAUGCUGUCCUUCUGGGAUGUGGCCAUUGAUUUCUCUCCAGAAGAGAGGGAAUGCCUGGACCCUGCUCAGUGGGAUCUGUACAGAGAUGUGAUGCUGGAGAAUUACAGCAAUCUGGAUUUCCUGGGUCUUGCUUUCUCUAAGCCAUUCCUGGUGACAUUUCUGGAGCAAAGACAAGGGCCUUGGGAUGUGAAGAGACAAGCAGCAGCCACUGUGCAUCCAGGAAAAACACUCAAUAAAUGUAAAGAUUUCAGCAAGGCCUUUUAUUGCAAGUCACUGCUUACUCAACACCAGAGAAUUCGUACAGGGGAGAAAGCCUUCAAGUGUGAAGAAUGUGGUAAGGCUUUUAAUAGUCAUUCAAACCUUUCUGAACACAAGAGAAUACAUACUGGAGAAAAACCGUACAAAUGUGAAGAAUGUGGUAAGGCCUUUCGUACUCGCUCAAAACUUUCUACACACCAGAGAGUUCAUACUGGAGAAAAACCAUACAAAUGUGAAGAAUGUGGUAAGGCUUUUAAUAGUCAUUCAAACCUUUCUGAACACAAGAGAAUACAUACUGGAGAAAAACCCUACAAAUGUGAAAAAUGUGGCAAGGCCUUCAGUACUCGCUCAACACAUUAUAGACACCAGAAAAAUCAUACUGGAGAAAAACCAUACAAGUGUGAAGAAUGCGCCAAAGUAUUUUCCUACCCUUCAUUGCUUAAGGUACAUCAAAGAAUUCAUUCUGCAGAGAAAUCUUACAAGUGUGAAGAAUGUGGGAAACCAUUUUACUGUCCUUUAUUGCUUAAGAAGCAUCAAAUAAUUCAUUCUGCAGAGAAACCCUACAAGUGUGCAGAAUGUGGCAAAGCCUUUCACUAUCCUUCAUUGCUUAAGCGACAUCAAAGAAUUCACGCUGGAAAGAAACCCUGUAAGUGUAAAGACUGCGACAGGGCAUUUUACUCUUCUGCAUUCCUUAAGCGUCAUCAAAGAAUUCAUUCUGAAGAGAAUUCCUACAAGUGUGGAGAAUGUGGCAAAAGGUUUUGUUCUAUUCCACACCUUCAGUAUCACCAAAGAUUUCAUUCUGGAGAGAAACCAUACAAAUGUGAACAAUGUGGGAAAACAUUUUCUACUCUCUCAUACCUUCCUUGGCAUAAAUUGCGUCAUUCUGGGGAGAAAUCGUACAAGUGUGAAAAAUGUGGAAAAAUGUUUUACUCUACUUUGGACCUUAAAAAACACCAAAAAAUUCAUGAAUAUAAGUGUGGGGAAUGCCACUAUGGCUUUCCUAAUUACGCAGCCCUUACUGCACACCAGAGAGUUCAUACUGGAGAGAAACCUCACGUAUGCAAACAAUGUGGGAAAGACUUUUCUAGGGUUGAUAGCCUCAAUCAGCAUCAGCUUGUUCAUACUGGAGAGAAACCCUAUAAAUGUGAAAAAUGUGGCAAGUGCUUCUACCGCUCUUCAUCCCUUAAAAGGCAUCAAGGAAUUCAUUCUUAAUAGAAAAUUUGACAAGUGAUAUGUGAUAAAAAAAAUCUUGCUAAAUAUUCAGACCUUGCCCAAGACAAAUGAAACCAUUGAGUAGAGAAGCCACGUGCCUGUGAGGAACGCUGAGUGCUUU